CAGUCGCUCAGUGAUUGUGGCCGUGUUCGCAGCUAAAAUUGGAAACGUGUCGACAUAGGCGAGAAGAGAGUUAUAGAAGAGCAAAGAAAAAGAGUAAAAUUUUCCCUCAAAAUCAGAGAAAAAUUUUCCCAAAAUUGCCCUCAACGCUAUUUUCGCGCCAAAAAAAAGGAAAAUUUCCGCCAAAAAUUGUGACGCGUCGUGGACUUUUCUUUCACAACAUUAUUGUUGAAAAACGAACCAAAAGAUUUGAAAAGUAACACACAAAAAAUCCUCGCGCGCGCAAAUUCUCGAAGUUUCCAUCCCAAAAGUUCAUCCCUAAAGGUGAUUUAUAUUUUUUGCUGUUUAAAUAUUCUUUGAGAGAAAAAUCUUGGCUUUUGUGGUGAAAAAGUGGAUUCCAAGAGAAGUAGAAAAAAAUCCACACUGCUGUUAGAUUGAAAGUGAACAAGUAGAAAAAAACAGAGACUCUCCCAACCUCGCAAGACGGUUGAUUGAAGAGGACAAACUACGCAACACGUAAAAAAAAUCUGUGCGAAGAAUUAUUCAAAAUUUUUGUGAUCAAAUUGAUAUUUCUUUUCUUCUUCCAUCCAAAAAACAGCUUUUUGAGCUUUUAAAAAUCAUCCAAAUUUUUUGUUUUAAUAUAAAUAUCUUUUCUUGUUGAAAAAGCUGCUCUGUGAGCUUUUGAACUCUCACGAUCAUCGAACGAAUUUGCACCAUUUUGAAACCGUUUUUGCUAUUAUUUGUUCUUCACAACAGAAAAUUUAUAAAAGGCCCCGCAAAAAAGUGCAAGAGUGUACUUGAAGAGAAAUAUAAAGCAGAAAUCGAGAGAUUUAAAAAAGUGUUUUCGUCAAUGAUCAAGUAAAAAUUUUGGAGGAGAAAAAACGGAAAUUUAUUUCAACACUUUUUCGCAUUCCAUCCGGAAGUUUUCUUUCUUGGGAGAGUGAAUUACCUCAAGUAACUCCCCCUCAACAGAGCUAAAAAAGAAACUUUGUGUGCACCAAUUGUAAAAGGCAAUUGGGCAGCUGGAUCGUCCUUUCUCAGCGGCAGACACAGAAACAUAGAUUUCAUGAUAUCGGCCUGGAUAAAUCCCUACAAUGAGAAGUGCGGGACUCUAGAGGAGGCGCCCGAUACCCUCAAGCGAUCCUCUUCGAGGAUGGACUUUCACAGCUACCGACAUCACCAGGUGGACGAUGGUUUUCAUUCAGAUGGCAGCGGCACAGAGACACCCCCACUUAGCCCAGGAAGCGGCAGUGGUAGUGCAUCCACAUCAUCAGCAGCCUCAAUAGCCUCCCUCACAUCGGAUCAUGGAUCACUGGAGUCUGUGGAUACGAGUGCCCAACGAUUGGCUGUGCUAUCAUUUGAACAGGUUCGCAAGCUCAACGAUGUAAUGGAUGAAGUUGUCUCCAUACAUGGUCGUGGAAAUUUUCCCACACUCGAGGUACGUCUGAAGGAUCUUGUGACGCUUGUGCGAAAGAAAUUGGAGCUGGAUGUUGCAUCCGGUGGCGCUGGUAUGACUGUAAAAGAUAUCCGUCUCAAUGGUGGUGCCGCAAGUCACGUUUUGGCAUCUGAGGCGCAGCCCUACAAUGACCUAGAUCUGAUCUUUGCCCUUGAAUUCAGUUCGGGUCGGCACUACGACCGCGUCAAGUCUGCCGUGCUCAAUUCCCUGUUUGACCUCCUACCCGAGGGUGUCUCCCGACGACGAAUCACACCGUGCUCCCUCAAGGAGGCCUACGUGGGGAAGAUGGUGAAAGUGAACAAUAACAACGAUGGUGAUCGAUGGAGUUUGAUCUCACUGGGCAAUUCGCCAGGACAUAAGAAUGUUGAAUUGAAAUUCGUCGAUACGAUGCGUCGGCAGUUUGAAUUCAGUGUGGAUAGUUUCCAAAUAGUCCUUGACUCCUUGCUUCUCUUCUACGACUGUGCCGCCCUACCCAUAAGUGAGAACUUCUACCCAACUGUUGUUGGGGAGUCAGUCUACGGGGACUUCCAGGAGGCACUCUACCACUUGCAACAUAAAUUGAUCUCAACGCGACAACCUGAGGAGAUACGCGGUGGCGGUCUACUCAAGUACUGCAACCUCCUUGUACGCAACUACCGACCCGUCGAUUCGGAGAAGAUUAAGACACUUGAGCGGUAUAUGUGCAGCCGUUUCUUCAUAGACUUCCCCGAUAUACCCACGCAAACGGUUAAGUUGGAAGCAUACUUGAGGAAUCACUUCUGGGGUGCGGACGAGGAGUCGCUGCAGUAUCAGUACCUGAUGCAUUUACACGAAGUCGUGGAGACGUCAACGGUGUGCCUGAUGGGACACGAGCGCCGGCAGACAUUGCUGCUGAUUGAGUCUCUGGCAAUGCAGGUGUUGUGCCGGGAGCAACAGAAGACACAACCUGCGCAGUCAAAUGUACAGACACAGCAGCAUCCACCGCCGCAGCCAUCGCCACAGCCGCAGCAGCAAAUGACGACGCUACCACCACAGCCGGCUGGCUUGCUCUAUGCCAAUGGUGUGUACUAUGCCCCUGUGAUCCCCACCACGUUCUGCACGUGCAACUCCACCUGGGUGCCAAGUACGUGAUCGCGGAGCACCCAAGACUCUCUCCCACGCCAUCGUCAGCCCACCCAUGCAUUGGCUGCAACAUCGCAGAAUUUCGCAACAACAACCGAGUACCGAGAGGAUGGCAGCUACGAUGACACGAUGCAGUGGAGAUGAUGUCGCCGCAGCACACCAACACCCUCCAGUGCUCCUUCCACACCUCCUGCAGCAAACCCAACCGCCAUUUCUCUACGCCUCUACACCACUUAGAGCGCCAUCUGAAGUUGAAUGUGUAGAGAGAAAAAAAAUGAAAAGAGCUCCCAUCAACUUUAACUUCCCUGCCCUCCUGCCCCCAGACUACAGCAACUCUUCCACUCAACCCCCACAAACGGUUAUGAGGUAAACGACAAACGCAGGAAAGAAUUUUUAAUUAUUAAUUAAAUGAAAAAUCAGUUUAAAAAAAAACGUACUUCCACUUACAAAAUAUUAUAUAGCAUUAUUACCUCUCUUAGUGUGAACGUGUAGGCCAUCUGCUAAAGGUUAGAAAGGUUUUUUUUUUAAUCAUUAUAUUAAAUACUAGCGCUCCUAUAAAAAAAAUAUUUAAAAAACCAUCUCUAAAAAUUCCCAAAAAAAAAGAACUUUUAAAUGUACAACUUUGAGACGUCUAGUUCGUCAAUUUUUAACUGCUACGUGUAAUUUAAUCCCCCAUAAUUAUUAAAAGAAGAAGAAAAGAAUGAAAAGUGAAUUAAAAUGCUAUUAAGUGUUGUCCGAUGUUUAACAUGCAACAUUAUGCAUUAAUAAAAGAUUGAAAUUUAAAAAUAAAUAAAUAGAAUUAAAAAAA